UGCGAGAGUAAAAUAGGUUGACUUGUAUAUUCUGCGCACGGGAGCCAGGUACCAUGUCUGCGUUCCCUGCCUUAAUCGUAAUCCUCUAUUUAGUGCUCGCGAUCAAAGCAGAAUUCAUUUUAGAAGACGACGAAUUUUCUUUUAGGAAUUUCCUUCCAAGCUUUCCCGAUCGAAAUUUCGUGAAGACCGGGGCAGUCCUAUCAGAGAAAAGCUCUAAAGAUUUCAGUAAUUGUCACAUCGCCUGCCUUGAUAAUGUCGAGUGUUUUGCCGUGAACUUCAUUCAAGAAAAUUCGAAAGACCCUCUCUGUCAGCUGUUGAACGAUGGGAACUCGGACUAUGAGGACUAUCUUGAAGAAAAAGAAGGCGGCUCCUACUCACGCGUUAAGACUUCCUGUGAGCCUAAUCCCUGCUUGCAUGACUCUGUUUGUUCACCAAGCGCAGAUGGGCGUAACUUCUCGUGCAACUGACGGGUCCUGCGUACUUUGGGCGGUACUGUCAGGGUGGGCCACGAUACCACGUGAUGCAAUAGAUUGCAUGCACUCGAAAGAAAUCAGCGAUAGCGCCGUGUUGCCUUAUACUAAGAAGAAUAAGUAAAGUUUAUCAAAGCGAUAACGGUAGGAAUGUAUCUUCUCUAGGUCGUAUUUGUGCAAACUUUGAUUUUGAGGACGGUUAUCUAACGGGAUGGAUUCAAGAAGGCACUGCUUUCAGAAACCAACCAACUUAUGGUGAUAUUCCCAUCAUACGAGGCUCGUCUAAUCUAAUCUCUAUGGCAACUGGUUUGUCGGGACAUACGAGAAUCGACAGAGCCCUUUGUACCCAGUAGGUGGCCAACAAGGCGAUGCGCCAACCGGAAAAUUGACGUCACCGCCGUUCGUCAUUCAAGGUCCAACUCUCAAGUUUCUUGUUGGAGGCGGGGCAAGAAACACAAAUUUUCAGCACGCGGAGCUUCUGAUUGGUGGAAUCGUCGUUGUCAGUGAGACGACCAACCCUGAGAGUGAAGGAAUGAUCGAGAAGAGCUGGAACGUGAGUGAGCUCAUUGGCAAGACAGCACGCCUUCGAGUUGUGGAUGAUGGAGAUGGAAAGUGUGGUCACAUUAAUUUUGAUUAUUUUCGUGACGAGACUUGUGCCGGUCCUUAGAACCGCCCCACAAAACACUGUAGGGACAAGAACUGCAUUAAGCUCUUAGUUACGUAUUCAUGCAUGUUCUCUAAACUUUCCGAAGCAGAUCUGACUUCUCGUAACGCAUGAUAUUUGCAUUAAGUAGCUUGGUGGGUGUUGCAUUUAAUAGGUUGCUUAUAUUAUUAUGGUAUGUUAUAAAGUGGUAUUCGAGUUUUAUUCUUCACCGUAUUCUAAUUAUAACCACAUGAAAUAAGUGAAGUGAAAUACAAAUAAUGGCGCUUUUCCAUGAAAAAUAGAAAGUUGCAAAUAACAAUUUGCUUUUAAUCAAUUUAAUCAGUAAAUUUUCUAGUUAAUGUAAACUAUUUUUUAUGUAAUAGGUAAGAACUGCACCCCUUUCGGGAAGUUUGUUGUAAAAUAAAAAGGUUGUAAAAUAUUUAAAUAAAAAAAACACCCACAAAAAA